AUGGAGACACAGCGAUUUUGGUUUUUGUUAUCGUCUCUCCAGCACUUAUCUCUCUCACCAGCUGUCUGUUUAUCUAUCCGUACAUCAAUCUGUCUGCUCUUAAUCUAUCUAAUUUUCUUUUUAUGUAUACAUCUAACUCACUUGAUCUAUCUAUCUAUCUAUCUAUCUAUCUAUCUAUCUAUCUAUCUAUCUAUCUAUCUAUGGCUGGCUACCCAUUAUCUAUCUAUGUUUGUUUUUAUCUAUCUAUCUAUCUAUCUAUCUAUCUAUCUAUCUAUCUAUCUAUCUAUCUAUAAGCCUGUUCUUAUCUAUCUAUCUAUCUCUAAGCCUAUUCUCAUCUAUCUAUCUAUCUAUCUAUCUAUCUAUCUAUCUAUCUAUCUAUCUAUCUAUCUAUCUAUCGCUUCAUAUAUUGGCUUCUGUUGCAUAUUUCUUGUCUGUUCUAUUUGGCCAAUAGGAAAAAGAUAUCAAUUACAGGCUCCGACCCAUUCUGAAGCUGCGGGCUAUCAGCGCGAAAUAAUAACCAUAAACGCUAAAUGGAAUCGGGCUUGUCGCUUAUUUAUCGUGGCUGGAACCGAUUCCUGCAAUGGCUCAUUGAUUUUGGAAUAUUUCACGAUCUUCGAGACAGCUAGAGAUUAG